GAAUGUGGGCUCGGAUAAGGGCUAAAGUGGGGUUAUCUUAUAUGUACCUAAGUACCUAGCCUUACGACUUCAACCAGUUACCUAGCGGGUUGAUUGGAGAACCUGGCACUUAGGUCGUACCUUGCACCAAUACCUAAGGUUAGUGCCAGGUAUUAGUCCUUGGUUCAGACAAGAUACAUACCUAGGUACCCAUCUCAUGUCAUCAAAAGACAGCGAAACUUUAGAAAGAGUCAUCCGGCCAAAAUCACUGAUGUGGAUCUUAUAAGUGGUCACCUCACUCUACUACCUUAGGUACCUACUAGAUUCUGAGAAGUUUUGUUCACUUCUUCCUUUUAUGCCUAACGACCUUUAACUGAAUUGGACUAAACAAGAUAUCAUGACGGCCUUACCUCCUUUUGCGCCCUUUCCCGAAGCGCCAUGGAGAGAUCAUAUCGUUCCAGUCGAAUGGGAGGCUUGUCUAUCUAAUUGGGUCGCCUUAGCAGAGGCUCAUCUGUCUCUAUCUGCAGAUCAAUUUUCUCUCGCUUCCUCUAAGGAUGAAUCGCUCUUGUCUUUUCUCGUCUCUUUUAUGAGAGAGACCGCGUCGGGUAGUGCUGCUGUUCUUGGCACAUCGCAAUCAGCGCAACUUUUGAUUCGACAAUCCUUUCUUCUUGUGGCCAGGUUUUUACGAAUACCUUCACCCCCUCCCCCUUUACUUCAAUGGGAGGUCUUAUCCGAUUUCUGUCACCUAUAUUCAAAAAGGAGAACAUCUAAUCUGAUAACUCAGGUUUCUCAGAACCUACAAGUGACCAGUUCUUUAAAUGCCCUAAAGAAGUCUCUCAUUGUCUCCCUCGAUGCCGGACUCAAAAGUGAUUUAAACAAUUUAGAGUCUCGCCUGAAGAGACUCAACCAUCUAAUCCAUGCAUCCCCGGAUAUAGCUGCCUUCUUUUUGGCUGGAAGCGAUUUUGUGGAUGGGCUUAUCAGCUGCUUCAAAAUCAUGAACCCCCCAUUGAGAAAAGCUAUUGUUACAACAGCUUACCUAAGUCUCAUUGGACUUACCGAAGGGGACUCCCCUAAAUUUUCUAUGCUAACUGAUCAACUCUAUUCUUUGAAAGCCGCAGCCGAUGGUCAUAAAGCUGGCCCUUUAAAUGUGAACGAUUCUAUGGUAGCCGAGUUGGUCACCGUUACUCCUAUCCUCAAGCAGGUACAGCGCCGUUUGGAGGAUUCCGGCUCAAAUACGACGCGAGGAAAAUCGGUUAUCACUGCAUUGGGAAGUUUCCGAAAACCUGGCGGUGGCAGUAUAAAACCAAAGAAGUUGGUUAAACGAAAGAUUGAUAAAGGGAAAGGAAUCAUGACGGAGGACGAUGAGGUACCUGGGGAGAUGAAGAUGCAUCGCAUGAGCCAGAUAUCACAGAUACAAGACCUGUUUCCGGAUCUAGGGUCUGGCUUCAUCUCUAAGCUUCUAGAUGAGUUCGGAGACAAUACCGAACAAGUCGUUGCCCAUCUUCUCGAAGAUGAUCUGCCACCUCACCUAGCUACCGUUGAUCGCACCAAGGAGCUGUCUCCGGAGAGAAGUAGGAGAAAGAGUCGUGAUAUCGCUCCCCGGCCAACGCCACCCCAGGUUCCUAUACGCCAUAACGUAUUUGAUGACGAUGAAUUCGAUAAGUUGGAAGUAGACCUGUCUAAUCUCCACUUCGGAAAACGUAACCCAGACAAAUCAGCGGAAGAUAUCCUAAAUGAUCGAUCCUCUGCUCCAAACAAAGCCGCUAUCCUCUCCGCACUCUCCGCAUUUGACGCCGAUGAUGAUGAGAGGGACGACACGUAUGAUGCUGCAGACGCUGGGUUGGUAGUGGAUGAUGGGAAUGCAAAUGACCCAGAAGACCAGAAAAAGAGGGAUGCAGGUGAAGAGGCUCUUUUCAAAGCUUAUCAAUCGGACCCGAAAGUUUUCGACAGAGAUGCGGUCACAAGACGAAGCCAACCUAGAAAUAGGCUAAAGCAGCAGACGGGCAUGACCGACGAGGCUAUCGAGGGUUGGGCCUUGAUGUUGGCCAGAACUCCGAACCAGAUGAGACAGUUGGAGAUGAAGUAUAGCGCAUUCGGUGGCGACCAGCCUGUUUUAGCCUCGACCGCUUGGCGUGCAAGCCCGGCAGAAUCCGCAGCGGAAGACUCCGAAGUUGAUGGUAGAGGUGGUAAUACUCGAGGGGGACCUCGUGGUCGUGGUGGUCAAGGUGGCCAAGGUAGUCAAGGUGGACGUGGGCGAGGUAGAGGUGGUCGCGGAAGGGGAGGAAAUGUCGCCGGUCCACCAGGUGAACAAGAUACUAGAAAUGCCCAAAGAAACAAGGAGGCGAAUAAGGGAUCUAGGGCCAACCAUAACCGCCGAAACCAACGCGCAAAAAAGAUGGCUCGCGGGGGAUUCCCGGGGUGAACCACUAUCGUGGUCUAGAGAGAUUUAUCAUCCAAGGAGAAUAGGAUGAUAGGACGACAGGACGACAGGAUAACAGGAGG